CAAAGCCAACAGUGCAGCAAAAGUUAAGAACAAACAAAUGCACUUGGCUUGUGUAAGGAAAGACGAGAAAAUUGAAGAUAAGCAGAUACGAUAAAUCUAAAAUAAAUCCUUGAACGAGCAUUCCGAGUACAUAUUUUUGAACAACACAUAUCGUAUUAUAAACGAUUCGAAAAUUUUUGUUUUUCAAUUUUCUCUCGGUAUUUUCUUUAUUUCGUUCGCUAGCCUGAGCUGCUAUUGAUUCAACGUUACUCAGAACAACCCCGGAAUAUUUCCGAUCGAUUCUCAACUCUACGGGGUUGUCAGCAACUGUUUUGCGAAUAUUUUCUUGAUAUUUUUUGAGGUUUUAUUCAAGACAUAAACAAAACUCUAAUGCCCAUCGAUGAUAAUUCGAAUUGUGAACACGAAUUGACUAAAAAAUCACAGCCAAGUGCGUCCAGAGAGUUGGACGCGUACAUAUCGAGCGAGGAAAAUUUAUACGGAGAAAUAAUUUUCAGAAAAUGUCAGGCAUCAAAAUGUCAGCCUGAUUCUAAGAUUCUCGAAUCGUUAAUAGACCUGAAAUCCCGGUUAGAAAAAGAUAAAUCCCAGAAGGAGGAAGCCUACGAGUACCUAAAAAAAUCAAAUAAAACGAUGAAGAAAAUUAUCGCUAAAUUACAAGAAGAUAUGAAACUAUGUCGCGUUGAUAUCCAAACAGAGUUUCUGAAUUUCGAAAAUUUGAGCACGGAACGUCUACUGGGUAUAAAUCCAAAAUGUUUUACAACCAGCACUCCACGAGGGAAACAACAACUCCAAUGAGAUAUUAAUUUUAUACAGAGUAUUAUAUUGAUUCAUCACCUGAUUGCGUAAUUCCUCUAAACAAUUUACCCUUAGAUGUAUGAACUUUGUUCCAAUAUAGUGUGUAUAAUUGUGUUUUAAAUGAAAUAUACGUUUUUGCGAAUGAAUUACCUGAUAGAAAUCAGUUUAUUGUACCAAAAUGCGAAGGUGUCGUUCAACAAGCACGUGGAAUUUUUGUGAAAAAAAUCGGGAAAAGUAGGAAAAAGAAACUGAUCUGUAAUUUUUUUAA